UCCCAUAAGCCAUCUAAGAUCACAUCUUAACUCACCCCAAAAUCAAAACCAAAAAAUUGCACAAGUACACAACCAUCUUACAAAAAUGAGCCCUUUCCUUGCCAUAAUCUUGCUCCAAGGCCUAGUCCUAGUCUCGGCUCAAGCACAGGCACCGGCACCAGCACCAACAGGCCCAACAAACAUAACCGCGAUCCUAACAAAAGCCGGCCAAUACACAAUGUUCAUGCGUUUACUCCAAACCACUCGUGCAGCCGAUCAAAUCAACACCCAACUAAACAACUCAAAUUCAGGCGGUCUAACAAUUUUCGCGCCUACUGAUAAUGCAUUCUCGAAUCUCAAAUCAGGACUGUUAAACUCCCUGUCUGAACAACAGAAAGUGCAAUUAGUACAGUUCCAUAUAAUCUCAAAUUUCCUGUCUAUAUCGGAGUUUCAAACCACUAGUAACCCGCUUAGGACACAAGCCGGAGAUAGCACAGAUGGGAGUUAUGCGCUAAAUGUUACUACUUUUGGAAACCAAGUCAAUAUAACUAGUGGGGUUGUUAACACAACACUUUCUAAUUCUGUUUAUAGUGAUGGGCAGUUAGCUGUUUAUCAGGUUGAUCAAGUGUUACUUCCUUUGGCGUUUUUUAGGUCACCUGCACCUGCUCCUGCACCUUUGGAAGAUAAGCCUAAGAAGGGUUCUAAAGAUCCAGAAACUUCUAAGGAUGAUACUGAUACUACAACUGAUUCUUCUGGGGUUAUUCAUGGGUUUAAUAAACUUGUUUUUGGUGUUUUAUUGGUUGGUUCUAUAGUUUAUGUGGUUCUAUGAACACUUUUUGUGUUGUUUACUUGAUUCUUUUUGGGGAUUACAAUUGAAGUUUUGCUUGAUUAUGAUGUGUUGAUAUGUAUUUUGAUGCCUUUUGGCUUGCUGAGUUCAAUGGAAAUUUUCUUCCUUUUUUUUAUUGAAUAUCAAGCUUUUUUAAGUUUCACUCGGUUCUUUUUGAUGCAAAAACCUCUCUUUCUGAGGAUCUUUCUCGAGCUGAGAGACUCUUUGGCUGUAUCCUCCUUUAUGGUAUGUGUUGCCGCGUUUUUCCCUCCUCAGACCCUGAUCAUAAUUUCCUAUGGGCGGGAUAGACAGGAUACAAUGACGAUGAAGCUAUUUUAAGUAUCUUGAAUCUAUAUUUGUAGAAUCAUAUAUAUGAUUCUUUCAUUGUGAGAGUUUCUUUCGGUUUAUGAUAGAGUCUCGAUUUUGAUAAUUUUCAUUUUGUUAUGAAU